ACACACACACACACACACUUACAACCUGAACCCAAUCAUCACAACGACAAUGAAACUCCUCCUCUUAUUCCUCUCCCUAACCCUAACCCUCAUAACCUCCGCCCUCCCCAACUCAGCCUCCAACUCGGCCUCCACCCUCGCCAACACCGAUGCCUUGAUAUCCACCACCCCCUGCCACAACCCCUCCGACUGCGAAAGCGGAUGCUGCUACAACAACCUCUGUCUUGCAUAUUGCCCUCAUGAAUAUCAUACGGAGUUGAUUCGAGAUGGUAUUGAAUCAAACACAGAUACCGACACGGUUACUAGCAAGAAUAAUGGUAUUAGUAUGAAUGCAGCAAACCCACAAUGCCAUCGCCGCCGCCCCUGCAAAAACGGCGGAUGUUGUUAUCGAGGGGUUUGUCUUGCUUAUUGCUUCACCGAUGGUAAUGAUGGGGAUGAGGCACAGGUGCAGGUGGAGAAGAGAUCUACAUCUACAUCCACCCUAACAGAAAGAAAACACUCCCGUCCUCAAUGCCGACCGAAAUCCAAGCCUUGUCCGAAUGGCUUGUGCUGUUACUGGGGGGCUUGUAGGGCUUGUUAGGGAUCUGAUACUGGUGAUGAUGGAGAAGUGGACGGAGAGGGAGAGGACUUUGGUGAUGGGGAGUAUGGUCAAGGUCUUGAUGAACGAACUGGUGAAACUGGUCUGUGACUAUGGACUGUGAGCGGGGAUGUUGUUCUCAUGGACUGUGUCGUUCUUAUUGAUCAUUUGACUCUGGUUCUGAUUCUGGUUGAUAUUUUAUUGAUGAGGAUGAGCU